AGAUAGGUUUUGGCAAACUUUUCUGAAAAUGUAAAGUACUGUUGGUUUUUACAGAUUUGGCUGUAAAUUAUUCUAGUUCUGAAGAUUUGAUAAGAAAAAGAAAAACCUGAUUGCAUAAAUAGGCAUUAAAAGAUUACAGAAAGUUCAUGGAUUUUGACAUUAUAAUUAAAAAUCAAGGAUUUUUUUUUCUUAAUAGUGAACCGCAAGCUAUGUGCUACAUCGAAACAUCUAACUUAGAUGGUGAGACAAACUUAAAAAUUCGACAGGGUUUGCCACUAACAUCAGACAUAAAGGACAUAGAAAGCUUGAUGAGACUUUCAGGCAGAGUUGAAUGCGAGAGCCCAAACCGACAUCUCUAUGACUUUGUUGGAAACAUCAGACUGGACGGGCAUGGUACUGUUCCGUUGGGAUCUGAUCAGAUUCUUCUACGAGGAGCUCAGUUGAGAAACACUCAGUGGGUUCAUGGGAUAGUUGUCUAUACGGGACAUGACACAAAACUUAUGCAGAAUUCAACAAGUCCACCCCUUAAAAUGUCUAAUGUGGAACGAAUUACAAAUAUUCAGAUUUUGAUUCUGUUCUGCAUCCUUAUUGCCAUGUCUUUGAUCUGCUCUAUUGGUACAGCUAUAUGGAAUCGAAGGCAUACUGGAAGAGACUGGUAUCUUGAUCUAAAUUAUGGUGGAGCAAGUAACUUUGGAUUGAAUUUCUUGACUUUUAUCAUUCUCUUCAAUAAUCUUAUUCCAAUCAGUUUGUUGGUUACACUUGAAGUUGUUAAAUUUAUCCAGGCAUAUUUCAUAAAUUGG